AUGGAAUUGGGCGACGACGGCGCCGAGGCGCCGCGCUGGUCCCUCGAGGCCGCGACGCGCUUCGUCGACGGGAAGAUCGCGGACUUCUUCGCGGCGCUCGGCGCCCUCUGCGCGCGCCGGCCGAAGAAGGUGCUCGCCGUCUCCGUGUGCGCCGUCUUGCUGUGUAGCGUCGGCCUGAGCCGCUUCACGAUCAACUCCAACGACGACACGCUCUACCUGCCCGAGGACGCCCCGUCCAUCGAGCGCAACGGCUGGAUCGGCCGCACGUUCGUACGCGCCAAGACGGAGAAGUCGUCGACGUUCUACGUCUUCGGCACGGGCGCGGCGCACAAGAACGUGCUCCGGGACCGCGAGGCCCUGCGCGCCCUCUUCGGCGUCCACGAGAAGAUCGUGGCGGCCGAGGACGGCCACGGGCGGACGCUCUACGACUGCGGCGUCACGAACCACUACGGCAACAAGGUCUGGCUCGGGCCGCUCGGCUACUGGAACUACUCGCGCGACGCCUUCGAGGCCGACGACGACUGGCGCGGGACGCUCGCGCGGCCGCGCGCCGUCGACUGGUACGGCAUCACGUCCGUGAACGACGGGAAGGUGAAACCCCAGGAGACGCCGCUGACGCGCGUGCUCGGCGAUUUCGAGAUCGUCGACGGCGCGAUGGUGUCCGCGUCGGCGAUCCAGUUCAUGGCCAAGCUCGUCGGCGACUGCCCGGACAGCGUGAGCCGCGCCGGCGACGCCGCCGUGGAGGCGGCGAGCCCCGCGCGGGGGGUCCUCGACGUCUUCGUCCACUCCCACACCUCGUACCGCGACGCCGUGCUGGACGCCCUCAAGCACGACCUGACGUUGGUGCUCGCGUCGCUGGCGCUCCUCGUCGCGUUCGCGUCGGUCUGCUUCGGCGUCGACGCGAGGACGCGCGGCGACGCCGUCGGACCGCGCGCGCUCCUCGGCGGCGCCGCGCUCGCGUCCGUGCUCCUGGCGCUCGCGGCCGCGUUCGGCCUCUGGAUGGCCUUCGGGGGCUACUUCCAGAACCUGAUGGCCGCGGCCAUCUUCAUGACGCUCGGCCUCGGCGUCGACGACGCCUUCGUCGUCGUCGACGCGGUCGACGCGGUCGACGACGACGACGACGACCUGAGCGUCGAGGAGGCCGCGGCGAACAAGCUCGGCGAGGGCCUGCGCACGGCGGGGGCGUCGAUUCUGCUGACGUCGUGCACGGACGCCGCGGCCUUCGCGGCCUGCGCGGCGACGUCGAACAUCCCGGCCGUGACGUCGUUCUGCGGCGUCGCGCUGGGCAGGAAACAAAAAUAUUCAACACGACUUCAAUAUUCAUUUAUUCGCACGGUUUCGACAUACUCUUUUGAUCGCGUCGCGGCCCUCUGCGUCGCCUGCGACUUUUUGUUGCAGGUGACCUUCUUCGCCGCGCUGCUGGCGUUGGACGUGCGGCGGGGCAUCGCGCGGAAGCGGCGUUUCGGCGCUGCCGCGCCGCUCCGGGCGCGGGGGGCGGCGAAGGGGCCGUGCGCGGCGGUCGCGCAAUUCGUGACGCGGCGCGAGUGCCGGCUCGUGGUGGCGGGUCUCGUGGUCGUCCUCCUCGCCCUGGGCGUCGCGGGCGCGUCGAAGCUCGAGAUGGAGUACGAGACGCAGUGGAUGGCGCCGGACGACUCGUCGGCGCGCCGCGCCUACGCCGUCGAGGAGCAGUACUUUCUGACGUCGAACGUCUGGUUCGUCGACGCCUACUCCCGCCACGCCUCGCCCUCGGCGCUCUACGACCACUACGAGUCCUACGUCGCCGCGCUGCGCAAGCUCGACGCGCUGAAGUUCAACGGCCUGACGAAGAGCUGGGUCGCCGAGUUCGACGCGUACCGAACGGCCUUCAACGCGUCGUGGUCCGACGAGGCGGGCUUCGACGCGGCGAUCCGCGACUUCCGGGCGCACCACGCGGGCCACUACGGCCGGGAACUCGUGGCCUACGAGAACGGGGGCGGCGGCGUGCUCAUGCCCGGCGGCGCGCGGACGGCGGCCUGCACGAUCCUGAGCUUCCGCGACGGCGCGAACGGCACGGACUCCGUCUGCGCGUCGAAGAUCCCCAUGUCCUGGAAGAAGGUCAACGAGAAGUCGACGCAGAUGCGGCGGCUCGACGAGGCGCAGGCGCUGCUCGACGCCCACGGCGCCGAGGAGCUGGGGUUAUUUGUCCAGCGGAGCGCUGUUUUAGAAGCGCUGGCGCUCACGUGGCCCCAGACCGUGAAAUCCGUGGGCUACGUCGCUUUGACCGUGUUCCUCACGUGCUUGCUGCUAUUGGGCCGCGCGAGCGCGGCGGCGCUCAUGCUCGGGGUCAUGGCCUUCGUCGACGUCGUGCUCAUCGGCGCGCUCUACUGGAUCGGCGAGUACUGCAACAUGAUCACGGCGGUCAUCCUGACGCUGGCCAUCGGCCUCGCGGUCGACUUCAGCGCCCACGUGACCCACGCCUACUUCCACGCCGAGAGCGCGUCAUCGGCGCUCGCGCGCAUGCUGCCGCCGAUCCUCAAGGCCGGCGGGUCGACGCUCCUGGCGGUCCUGCCCAUGGCGUUCUCGCAGUCGUACGUCAUCCGCCUGUUCUUCGCCAUGUCGCUCAUGAUCAUCUCCCUGGGGCUCUUCGUGGGGCUGCUCGUCGUCCCGGCGGCGCUCCAGACCGCGGACGACGUCGCGCUCUACCGGAACCGGCGCGACCUCGAGAACCGGCUCCGGACCGCGUCCUACGCGCACGACGACGGCUUCGCCGGCGGCGGCCACGACUACAUCGGCGACUCGUACCACCUCAUCGACGACGAGCCGGGCGGCGACGACACGAGGCGCGCGUCGCGCCUCCGCGUCAUGGAGCUGUGCGACACGGGGGGGUAA